CUUUCCUUGCCAGAUGUGGGCGGAGCUUCUGAGCUGGCCUUCCUGCUGGAGCCCACUGAUGUCAUCGCAGUGCGAGACCGGCCCCUUCUCCUGGACUGCCAGGUGGAAGGGGAGGGGCCUAUCUCGGUCGCGUGGCGUAAGAACGGUGUGCCAGUUGCGACGGGACACAGGGUGAUGGUGCUGGUCAACGGGACACUCCUGAUCCAGAACUUCCAAAAACGGCGGGACGGGGAUGAGACGGACGCCGGGGAGUACGACUGCGCUGCGCAGAACCGCUUCGGCCUGCUGGUCAGCCGCAAGGCCCGCGUACAGCUGGCCUCUCUCCCUAAGUUUCACACACACCCUGACUCCAUGUCGGUGGACGAGGGGGGUGUGGCUCGUUUCCAGUGCCAGCUGAACGGAAUCCCAGAGGCCACCAUCACCUGGGAGAGAGACAGAAUUCCACUCAGCAGAUACGACUCCAGGUACACCCUGCUUCCUGCAGGUAUUCUCCAGAUCACCGGUGUUAAGCGCAUCGAUGCAGGGCUGUACCGCUGCAUGGCCUCCAACAUCGCCAACGUCCGCUACAGCCAUGAAGCCCAGCUCAACGUCACUGGUGGGGCCCCUAAGACCUUCAAGGAACCAGUCAUCCUGUCGGGCCCCCAGAACCUGACCAUCACGGUGCACCAGACUGCCAUCUUGGAGUGCAUCGCCACGGGCAACCCCCGGCCAAUAGUGUCCUGGAGCAGGCUGGACGGGCGCUCCAUUGGCGUGGAGGGCAUCCAGGUCCUGGGCACGGGGAACCUGAUGAUUUCGGACGUGUCGCUGCAGCACUCAGGGGUAUACGUCUGCGCCGCCAACCGGCCCGGGACCAGGAUGAGGCGUACGGCGCUGGGCAGGCUGGUGGUGCAAGCUCCGCCUGAGUUCCUUCAGUGGCCGCAGUCUGUCUCCAAGCCAGCAGGGGGCAGCGCUGUAUUCACCUGCGUGGCUCAGGGGGUCCCCGAGCCUCACCUGAUCUGGCUGAAGAACGGCAAGGUGCUGACCCCAGGAGACAAUGUCAAACUCACCAACAACAACAGCACCCUCGCGGUGACGCGCAUCACCUCCGAGGAUGAGGCCAUCUACCAGUGCAUCGCGGAGAACACCGCCGGCACCAACCAGGCCAGCGCACGCCUGGCCGUCUCCCUGGCCAAGGACCUGCCGGACGCGCCGCAGAACCUGAAGGCCGUGCCGCUGUCCUCCACUGCCCUGCAGCUGACCUGGGCGCAGCCGCCCGCAGAAAUCACUGACGGCAUCAUUGGAUACGUGCUUCACAUCCGCAAGCUUGGCGAGCCAGACAGCAAGGAGCUGCAGGAAGCCGUCAGCAAGACGACGUUCCAGCACGAUUUCACCGCCCUGGAGCCGGCCACCACAUACUCCAUCUACCUCAAGGCCUACUCCCCGCUCGGCGCCAGCCAGCAGUCCAACACUGUCAUCACCACCACACUAGGGGGCGUGCCCGCUGCCCCCAGUUUCUUCACCAAGGUACUGAACUCCACGGCGGUGCAGGUGUACUGGGAGCUCCCGGGGAAACCGGGGAAGGUGGAAGGGUUCAAGCUGUCCUUCCGGAAGGUUCCGCAGGCCGACUUCCAGGGACCCUACGUGCUGGCCAGCCACGUUAACACCCACACCAUCGCUCGGCUCGAACCCGGGGCCGUGUACGAGAUCCAGCUUCUGGGCUACAAUGGCAACGGGGACGGCAACUGCUCCAAAAGGCUGCUGUCAUUGGCCGAGGACGGUACCAGCGCAAAGACCAGCAGCGAUGGAGAUUCCCCGUGUAACUGUCGGCAGGAAGGAGAGGGCUCCAUGGCUGGCAUCGUGGUGGGCAUCCACAUCGGCAUGGCCUGCAUCAUCUUCUGUGUGCUCUUCCUCAUGUUCGGAUACCGCCGCAGCUUUUUCUGCAGGAAGGGUACCCAGGACAGCUGGUCUGUGCCUCAGGGGGACGAAGCAAAUCACCUGGAUCAGAGAAACGGACUCUCCAAAGAGGGCGUGGCCCACCCACCGGAAGCCAUCGAACUAGUGCCUCAGUGCCCACCCCGCCCACCCCAGCAGUGCCAGGUGCUCAUCGAGCAGCACCCCUCCAGCCUCCCUUGCACAGGCACCGGCUAACAGCCACAAAACUGCACCCCCAAACCCACCAAAACAUCCCCUUCCCCCCCACUCCGCUCCAUAACCCCCCAAUAACGGCUCACCACCUCAUGGUCUCGCGCCCGGCCUGCCCACCCUAAACCCCGCCAUGAACCCCCUGGUGGGGGGGUGGGGGGGGUCCAGCAAAAUCCCCCUCCCCUCCAACCUUAAAGCCAAAGCCCCACGCCCCUCAAAAAGCUAGGGGGUACAACCAUAGGCAUGGCCCCCCUGUUGUCUCAGAAGCUGCUAUAGAAGAGGCCCGCAGACUGUCUCAAAUGAUCGAAAUACCUCAGAAGCACAUUGGUUCCAAACCCGAGUGGUUUCAGAGCGCUUUUAAGGACCAUGCUUCGAUUCAACUAAACGCGAGCCAGCCCCUGCCAAAGUGCCCGAAAUUUCUACCCCUUUACUGUGAGGAAGGACAAUAAGCUUCUUCCUGUUAGCCUUCCUCUUCCUCCUAGUCCUCUCCCUCUUCCUCCUUUAAACCAAAGCUGAACGCCUUUUACGAUACGUUCGUGACGGGGAAGCGUCCGCGAACAGCCAAAAAAAACGAUAGCCUUAGGAGACACCGCGGUACAUCGGGGCUUCUCACUACGCCUCGCCGGAAACCCCUCCUGUUCUGAUGGGUGAGGUGUUGCUGGCUACACUGCGCCCCACCUCUGUUUCCCGAAACACAAGCGACGAAGCGGCCAGUCAUACGAGCGCCAAGUGUUGUGCUGAACCCAGUCUCUGUACCUCCGUUACCAAGGGAACAGCCGCUGUAACCAAAAUUUUCUCCUUUUAGCGAAAGCUUCCCUUGGUAACGUGAUGAGGCGCUCUCAAUGCACUAUAAAUGUUUUAGCCCAUGCCAAAUCAACAGCUGUACCGAGGGCCUAGGAGAAUUUAUAUAACAUAACUUUAAAGAACAGACACCAUGUCAGAUUAUAAAGCUAAACCAAAAUGAAGCUAGUUACAGAACUGGUCAAAAGAGGCACUCUUUGACCUCAUUUUCCCUCGGAAAGUCUUAGCCUUACCCACAAUGCAACGCUUGGAGCCGUGGACGACUGCUAGCAGUCGCGUCUUUAGCCUUGCGGAGAAGCCGAACCGCGUUGUCUCGAUUGUUUAUUUUUCACCACACUAGCCUCGAGGCAGGCCGGCGCGAAGGAACCAUAGGUGAGCCCCCCCCCCUAAAAAAAAGAACACGAACCCACCCCCCAUCCCACACCACCGCCAAACGCUGUAUACCUCCAAAGAUAGCUACCUCAGCCUGACGAGAAUGUCCGAGCCAUAAACAUGAACCGGUUUGCCUGCGACUCUGCUGGUUAAACAAGCCUACCUCAACCAAAAUCCCUCGUCCUUUUACCUGUCUUUUUAAACCCCCCCCCCCACUUGGAUGACCACCAUCUACUGCAAGGCCCCAGCCACUGAACAUCACAUGACCCAAACUUGCCUUAGCAACCCCCACCACCCCCCCACACCCUGGUCCUGACCUGUGAUGAGCACAAGCUUCGCCCCCGCUGGGGGAGCACCAAAAAGAUGUCCUCAUGUUCCGAGGCUGCCUAGAGGGUUGAAAAUCCUUUCUUUCUUCCUUCCCCUGGAACCUUACCCCUCCUGCAUGGGAUGUCUCGCCUCUCAGCUCCUCCCUCACCCUACCACCAUGGGGCUACGUCCCACACUGUUGCCAUCACCAACCACACCAUGCCCCUGCGGAAGCCUGUCGGGUUGGCAGGUUAGUCCUAGUGGAAAACCCACUAACGCCACAUUCCAUUGGGUGCUGAAGAAAAUCCUGUGGUAUGGUAGGGCCUCCAACAGCCCCCCAACCCACCAAACCCAUGUGAAGAGACAGAAGUUGAAUGUUGACGUGGACCAAGUGCACUGUGGAGCUCUCUACUGUCCCGCCAAAACUCAUCUCUUCGCUUCGACUCCUUGGAGAGAUUCACUACAAAAAAAGGGCGCUUUGUGGAAAGUGUGGACCUAACAGACCUGCCAGGAGGUCCCCUGGGAAGGUAAACUCAGGUUUGAGUCACCAGGGUAACCCGGGCAUGUUCUGGCCCUUUCACGAAGGAUGUCCAAACAAACAAACAAACAAACAAACAAAAAAAACCAAAUAAGUUGUUUCCGUUUCGUCCGUUCUACCGAGAAGACCACAAACGGACACUCCUCCUGCUGUCCUGAACUUGGGUGCCAUUUUGCCAGUGCAAGCAAAGCCAAAACAAAUGUGUGAUCGUUGUUGGGGCCAGUGCAGACUGAUUGGUGAGCUCUCCAGGUGCCUGUUCCGUUGCCGUGAGAACCCUAGGUCGCUGUGGGUAGGUGGUGACCCGCGUGUCAGGGUUUUCUCACCAUCGGCACUGUGAUUACCAGGAAGUGCUUCCACUUCCACUUCCUACUUUGACCUCUUUCUCCUCAACCUAUCCUUGAAAACGUUACAUGAAAACCAAGCUGAAUGGUGUCCAAAGAUGUAAAAUUUAAAUGGUUUUCAUUCUUUUUUUUCAUUAAGAAAAUUUUUUUCUUAUGUUAUAUUUUUUGGGGGGAUUUCACACAGCUCCUGUUUUAAGAAGGGUAGGCACUGUGAUAAAUUAAAAAAAAAAAAAACCAAGAAGAGAUGAGCUUACCAUGAACCAAAGCCAAAAACUCAUACCUGUUUCUUACCAUUAAUAAUGAAGCAUGGAUAGGCCUUCUCAAAUAGAAGAGACAGUUUCUCUCAGAAGAGUCUGUUUCUUCCUUCUUAAGACGUGGAGCUGUGUCUUUUCUUAUUUUUUCAAAGUAUAACGUAUAGCUUUUAAAGAAUAACAAAUGAAAAUGGGAUAUAUUUUCAAGGAGAUUUUCUAUGUUGAUAUGAAAGAAAAAAGAUAGCUUUCUCUUUAUAACUAUAGAGUUGAAAUUGCCAAAUAAUAACUUGUCUUGUGGAAAAAAAAUAUGAAAAUUGUGACCAAAUAUUUCUUGCAUUUCUUUAACAUUCAUAGUCUUUACCUUUUGUGCAACACUUACUCAUAACCAAAUCACGCAGAACAGUGGUGCACACAGAUAUGAAUAUCUGCGUGUGCCGAUGCGUGUUUUGCCGGCAGUUUUGCUUAAUCCUGAGUACAGUAGGGCAUGAAAAACAACCCUCCUACGCUGCAAAAAAACUAAAAAUAAGUCAGUCUUAACAAGCAUUUUAGUCUUAUAUUAUUAGACUUAAAAUCUUAUUUCUAUGACUUUUUUUUUGCUAAAUAAGCCAAGAAAAAAGAUUGUCUGUGAGGUGAGAGUUGUACACAUCUGACGUUUGGCCAAUGCGGUUAAACAAUUUCACUUAUGAAACAAAAAGUUACUUAAACUAUCAUUUAGAAUUUGAGAGAAAAAAUAAGAUUUUGAGUCUCAUUACAAGGCUAAAACACUUGAGACAGGCUUUUUUUGUAGUGUAAAAUAAAAUAAUGCUGCCUUUAAAAAAAACACCGCAACUUCAAAAAAAUUAACCAAAAAUAGCACAGUGCCGAAAACCUGGGAGUCGCUGGUGUUCAGCUGUGAGUAAAGUAUACCAUGGCCAUGACCGCGUGCUCCAAAUCCUGUUCUACUGACUACUUCAAUAAACUAAUAAUUAUUAUUAUUUUGCUGUUAAAGGCCAUUCGGGGCUUUGCCGAGAUUUUAAUCUCGGUACCAAAGAGGGGGGCGCAAAAGAUGUUUUUGCGCCUCGAAAAGAACAAAGUCACUGAACGGGUCUCCUCCUCCACCUCUACUGUCCUCAGGGUUGAACAUGAAACCAUAAUGAGUGUUAAAGGUUUACCCAAGAUGCUGCAGUUCAACAGUCCGUUACUCCUGUCUUUGUGUUUUUUUUUUCUUUUUCAUGCGAAAGUGUGAAAUGAACGUGAUACCAAAAGAAAAAUAAAAACAGUGUGUAAUAUGUGUAAAUGGGACAUGUUCCCCUCCCCCCUGCCCUUAGUGUGAGUUGAAUAGCGGUGAACCUAGAUUUCUCAUUUUAAAAAGAAGCAAAAAUUGUUUGGCUGUUCUUUUUUUCUAGAACUUACUUUUACCGUUAUUCUUGUGUUAUACCACCCCCUUACCCGCCAUCCUCUUUUUUUGGUCCUUCGGGGAAACGUCGCCAAAACUGAGACGUUUGAAAGUGUUCAUUUUCUUUAAAUGUUGAUAUUAUUAUUAUUAUUAUAAUUAUUAAUAAUUAUUAUUUUUCCUUGCCCCUUCCCCUUUUUGAUUGCCCUCAGCUGUUUUUUUUUUUUACUUUGUGUUUUAUUACUUGUCUGUAGCCAUUUAAGGAUGACGUGAAACAUGUUUGUUAGGAAUUUAAAACUGUGGUAAACGGUGGGCUUCUGGGUAAAAGACCACAGACGCAAAAACAUACAUUACAGCCCUGUUUAAAGAUCCUUCAAGGGGACUGGGAGAUGGUGCUUCAAAAGCCAAAUUAUCUGCUACGAUUCAGCUGUUACAAAAUUGUCCCCUGUUCCAUAUCCCAGUGGGCCCACCGUUGAAAAGAAAAAAAUGUUUUAAAAAAAUUUGUAGAGCUCUAGAGACCGAAUGCUAGUACCAAUGAGAAAAAACCAAUGCUUUAAUUAAUGAAUGCUUGUUCCCAUUUCUGAAAACAGCACAGUACUUCCUGUCCCCAUCAUGUGGGACAGGAAAUAUACUCUAAAGCUUUAAACUGUUUUGAGAGGGGAGCUGAGUCUUUCCUUAGGUCUCCUACUGAGAGAGAAAGAGAGGCUGGCAUGAUGUGUUUUGAGAGGAGAACAGAUGUGCCCAGAGACCAGUCUAUUGUUUAAAAAAAAGAAGAAAAAAAACGAAUCUUGACCGGAGAAGUCUGAGGUUUUACAUGGUGUUUCAAUAUUCUGGCCGCAGAGAACCAAAAGCAAUACACACACAUUACAUAUGGAGACAGAGAGAACCAAAAGCAAUACACACACAUUACAUCUGGAGACAGAGAGAACCAAAAGCAAUACA